AUGGCGACUCCUCCGACAGAAUCAGAACCAUUCCCUUCCUACGUUCCAGAUGCCAACGAUGUCUCCAGCGUGUCUUUCAAAAGAGUGGGCAACAGCAUAAGGGAUCCAAGUCGGAGACCCUCCGUUGUCUCUCGCCUCUCCAAAGCCCCCUCGUCUCUCCGGUCUCGCACGCGGACGGGCUCCCUAACACAGUCCUUCCUCGAGAGCAAUCCUCCUCUUGGUAUGUGGCAGGCUACAGGUGAAAUCGGCUCCAAGAUCCCUACAUUGCCAGAGAUCAGGAAUGGCGCGUUUGCAGCGGAAGGGUGGACGCACGAAGGCCAGAUGGAACGUCGAGGGACGAAUCCGCACGAAAUCCACGCUCGAAGGGUGGCCAGGACGAGUUCUGCCAGUACACGGACGAGAAAGAGCUCGCUCGCGGCAAAUGCUCCGCCGGCCAUUGUAGAAGAGAGACAUGAAUACUUUCCCAAAAGAGCGCCGACCUUGAUGCAGGAGGAGCCCUUGUUUGAAGAGGCAGCGGCUCCUCAACUUGAAGCCCAGCAGCCGGCUCAUGGCCAGCCAGAACAAAUUCAGCAGGUCGCAACCUCGGAGAAGCACACCGAGACUGCUGCGACUCAAGAGAGAGAUUCCUCAAUGACCCCCUCGAAAGCCACCAGUGGACCGCAAGCGGUACGGAUACAAAGCGGUCCCGACGAAACAGGCACAUAUCCCAAUGGCUACCGCUUCCCCAAGAAGCACACCUGGAGCCAAUCGACCAUGAUUGGUCUCCGCGCGUUUUGGAAGUUCUUCCUCACCCCUUUUGGUUUUAUUGUCACCAUCUACGGCCUCAACGUUGUCGGAUGGGGCGCCAUGAUCUUUUUCGUCCUCCUCAAAGCUGCGCCGGCCAUGUGCCACCCGUCCUGCGACGCCGACAGCAGCGCCCGAAAGAAGUGGAUCGAAAUCGAUUCGCAGAUUCUGAACGGUCUCUUCUGUGUGACCGCCUUUGGUCUGUUGCCCUGGCGAGCACGAGAUUGGUACUAUCUCAUGCGUUGGCGUCUCGGCGGCAACGAACGCUACCACCGCCGCCUCGCAGGCAUAUAUCGGGGUUGGUACCGUCUCCCUGGCUCUCAGCAGUUGGAGGAACAUCUUGGCCCUCCCCCUGUGUACAACAGUGCCCACCCACGCACUCCAGAAGCGCCGCCGCCCUAUACAGAAGACGAAAUUGAAAAACUGGAGGAGAAUCCUGCUAUCCCGAUCCCUGCAACGUCCAUGCCCGAGCCACCGCUAACAGGUCUCCGCGCUCCGACGACAAAAUCCUGGACCAUUGAUUUCGUCGUGUGGAUGUACAUUCUCAACACCUUUUUCCAGGUUCUCCUGUGUGUCUGGAUGUGGCAUUGGAACCGCUUCACCCGGCCCUCGUGGGGCACGGGUGUUUGGAUCACGUUUGGCUGUCUAGUCGCCAUCGCGGCUGGCUUGUGCGUCUUCAUCGAAGGGUCCAAGGUUAAAAAGAUCGAAGGCAUUCCGGUCCAGGAAUACGACGUGCUCGAAUCGAUUGAAGAUUAUCAGGAGCGAAAGGCCAAGGAAGAUGCAAAGGAGGCCAAAAAGUUGGCCAGGCACGAACAUCAUCGCCAUUUCAGGCACGAGGAGAGCCACAAGGUCGUGAGGUCGGAGAAGUUGAAGGGCCAUCAGUGGUUCACCCGACAUUAG